AUGAUCAUCCUGGCAGAGAACCUGGACGUGCCAGAUCCUGAGGUCAAAGAAGCUGCCACACCCACCCCUCCUCCACCCCCUCCGCCACCCCCUCUCCUCUGCACCCGAUCUUCUGUGCCGUGUCGGGACGGGCGGGAGUGCAUCUCCCGGGGGUACCUCUGCGAUGGCAAGCAGGACUGCGGGGACGGCUCGGACGAGGAGAACUGUUCCCGCUUCUGCAACAGAGCAGGCGUCUUCCAGUGUCUGGAUGGAAACAAGUGCAUUGAGGAGAAGUACCACUGUGAUGGGGCCCGGCAGUGCCUGGAUGGCUCGGACGAGUUGGGUUGCUGGAAGCCUGCUGAAGACUGCUCUCUGCGCUGUGACAACCAGACCCGCUGUAUCCCCAAGAGCUGGCUGUGUGAUGGCAACCCUGACUGUUCUGACAGAAAAGAUGAACAAGGAUGUAUUCAUGAAAAAUGCAGUGCAUCUGAAUUUAAAUGUGAGAAUGGCCAAUGUAUAUCUUCCUCCCUGCGUUGCGAUGGGAACCAGGACUGCCUGGACCACUCGGACGAAGAGGGCUGUUCUGCCCGGCCCCUGCCAUGCCCGUCAGGGGAGGUGAAGUGCCCGAGGAGUGGAGAGUGUGUGUUGGCAGACUGGAUAUGUGACCACGACUUAGACUGCAAAGAUGGAACUGAUGAGAAGGACUGUGACCCCGAGGAGCUUCGCUGUGGCUCGAGGCAGUGGCCCUGUGCCAGCGGAGAGCAGUGCGUGCCUGAGCCCUGGCGCUGUGAUGGGCAGAGGGACUGCGCGGACGGCAGCGACGAGGCCGGAUGCCCCCCGGGGAUCUGCGGGAGUUCCCAGUUCCAGUGCCGCUCCUCUGCCUGCCUGGACCUCAGCCUGGUGUGUGAUGGGAAGGACGACUGUGCCGACGGCUCCGAUGAAGGCGGGCAGUGCUCGUCGUCCGCGUGCAGCCAAAGACAGUGUUUCCACACCUGCUACCCAUCCCCUCGUGGGCCUGUAUGUGCUUGUGAGCGAGGCUUUGAGCUGAAAAGCAGUGGCCAAAUCUGCGAGGAUGUGGAUGAAUGCCAGAGGUUGGGUGGUCAGCCUUGCAGUCAGACCUGUAUCAACACCAAGGGCUCCUAUAGCUGCACCUGUCAUCCUGGCUACUCGCUGGAGCCUGAUGGCCAUAGCUGUAAAGCAACAGGUACUGAACCGAUCCUGCUUGUGGCAAUUCAGUUUAAGCUACUCCUCUAUGGACUGAGGAGCUUAAAAGAAGAUAUUCUGGCAACUAUAGACAAGAACCUGAUUAUUUUCUCUAUUGACUAUGACUUAGUGGAUCAGAAAGUCUUCUGGACCGAUACCAGUGCGGAAAGCAUUAGGUGGAUAAGCAUGGACACGAAGAAGAAAGGGACUGUGGUGAAAGGAAUAAAGUCAGACUAUAUAGCGGUUGACUGGAUUGGGAGGAAUCUCUACUGGACAGAUGGGACAGCUGGUCAGAUUUUGGCAAUUCAGUUGACUGCUGUUUGGAGAGGAAAAUCUGAGUACACGAUCGUCCUGGACGAUGACUUGAACCAACCACGGUCGUUGGCUUUAGAUCCCCUAAAUGGGUUAAUGUACUGGUCUGAAAUUGGAGGAGAACCUCAAAUAGAACAAGCUGGAAUGGAUGGGAGCAGCAGAAAAAUACUCCUCAAUCAAGGUCUUGGCUGGCCAACUAGCAUAGCUCUCGACAAGUUGAGUUGGAAGAUAUUCUGGUCUGAUGACAAAUUUCACUGCAUUGGCUCUGUCAAUCUAGACGGUACUGGUAUUAGCAUGUUGCAGCUAACACAAAUCAAGAGCCCCUUUUUGGUUGCUGUGUUUGAAGAUGAAGUCUUCUGGACUGAAACGAAGACGAGAACAGUACAGCGCAUGAAAAAGAUGACGGGCAAGAACAGGGCUGUCCUCAUCAAGCGUUUGGAGCAGCCUUACGGACUUAAGGUCUACAGUUUACGUUUCAAAAUAUCCCCCGAUCCUCCCUGGAAAGGCUAUGUGUAUGAGCUGCCCAAGGACAAACUGUAG